CCCAAAUGCCAAAUUCCAACCCUAACCUAAUCCCCUUCCUCCCAGGUUCUCUGGUUCUCACUCUUUCUCUCUCUAGUUCUCUAUCCUUGGCUCUCUCUCCCUCCCGAUCUUUCUCUAGUUCUCUAUCUGGCCGAAUUACAGGCCUACUCCCACCUCUUUCGAGCUCCCUACCUCAGUUCUCUGUCUCACUCACAUCCUUCCCACUCACGGCCUCUGGCUUUCCAUAAAAGCUAAGCAGGCCUCAGAAACCUCAGUCCUAAAGCCUUCCUCAAGUCCCGGACAAAGAUGAGACCUUUAGAUGAGACUGAGACCACGGCAGUGUUCGAAAAGCUUUUCAAGUUCACAGGCAACAACCUCAAAAACAUAGUUGAGAACCCUUCUCAUGAAGGCCCAGACCCAGAUUCAGGCCGUUAUUGCUUUCGCCUCCACAAGAACAAGGUCUACUAUGUUAGCGAAUCACUAGUAAAGCGUGCUACAAAUAUAGCUCGGACUCAGUUAGUCUCUCUGGGCACUUGUAUCGGUAGGUUUACUCAUGGUGGUAGUUUCCACUUAACAGUUCAGUGCUUGAGUUUAGUGGCCUCAAAUGCUAAACACAAGGUCUGGCUCAAACCUACCUCUGAGAUGUCGUUCUUGUACGGAAACCAUGUCUUGAAAGGUGGUUUGGGGAGGAUUACAGAGAAUAUUGUGCCAGGUGAUGGUGUGGUGGUGUUUUCGAUGUCAGAUGUUCCUUUGGGUUUCGGGAUUGCGGCCAAGUCUACUCAGGAUUGUAGGAAGUUGGAUCCCAAUGGAAUUGUGGUGCUUCACCAGACGGAUAUUGGAGAGUACUUGAGGAUGGAGGAUGAUCUUUGAAUAAUUGGACGGGAUUUUGGGUGGUUUUGAUAGAUAUUUGUGUGGGUUAUGUAAGUCGGAUCUAUUUGCUUUUGAUCAAUCUGAGCUUUAAGUCUUUUGGGAUGUGGA